AUGUUGUACCUAGAGGACUAUCUAGAAAUGAUUGAGCAGCUUCCGAUGGAUCUGCGGGACCGCUUCACGGAGAUGCGCGAGAUGGACCUGCAGGUGCAGAAUGCAAUGGAUCAACUAGAGCAAAGAGUCAGUGAAUUCUUUAUGAAUGCAAAGAAAAAUAAACCAGAGUGGAGAGAAGAACAAAUGGCAUCCAUCAAAAAAGAUUACUAUAAAGCUUUGGAAGAUGCUGAUGAGAAGGUACAGUUGGCGAACCAGAUAUAUGAUUUGGUAGAUCGACACUUGAGAAAGCUGGAUCAGGAACUCGCUAAGUUUAAAAUGGAGCUGGAAGCUGAUAAUGCUGGAAUUACAGAAAUAUUAGAGAGACGAUCUUUGGAAUUAGAUACUCCUUCCCAGCCAGUGAACAAUCACCAUGCUCAUUCACAUACUCCAGUGGAAAAAAGGAAGUAUAAUCCUACUUCUCACCAUACGACAGCAGACCAUAUUCCUGAAAAGAAGUUUAAAUCUGAAGCUCUUCUAUCUACCCUAACAUCUGAUGCAUCUAAGGAAAAUACACUAGGUUGUCGAAAUAAUAAUUCUACGGCCUCAUCCAACAAUGCUUAUAAUGUGAAUUCCUCCCAACCUCUGGCAUCCUAUAAUAUUGGCUCAUUAUCUUCAGGAACUGGUGCAGGGGCAAUUACCAUGGCAGCUGCUCAGGCAGUUCAAGCUACAGCUCAGAUGAAAGAGGGUCGAAGGACAUCAAGUUUAAAAGCCAGUUACGAAGCAUUCAAAAACAAUGACUUUCAGCUGGGAAAAGAGUUUUCAAUGCCCAGGGAAACAGCUGGCUUUUCAUCAUCUUCAGCGCUCAUGACGACAUUGACACAGAAUGCCAGUUCAUCAGCAGCGGACUCACGGAGUGGGAGAAAGAGCAAAAACAACAACAAGUCUUCAAGCCAGCAGUCAUCCUCUUCCUCCUCCUCCUCUUCCUUGUCAUCGUGUUCUUCAUCAUCAACUGUUGUACAAGAAAUCUCUCAACAAACAACAGUCGUACCAGAAGCCGAUUCAAAUAGUCAGGUUGAUUGGACUUAUGACCCAAAUGAACCACGAUAUUGCAUCUGUAAUCAGGUAUCCUAUGGUGAGAUGGUGGGCUGUGAUAACCAAGAUUGCCCGAUAGAAUGGUUCCAUUAUGGAUGCGUUGGGUUGACAGAAGCACCAAAAGGGAAAUGGUACUGUCCACAGUGUACUGCUGCCAUGAAGAGAAGAGGCAGUCGGCACAAAUAA